CAAUGGGAAGACGUUUAGUGGCAGCUGGCCUGCAGGUUUGAAGUUUUUCAUCCCGAUUUCAGAGAUUCGCGUGGACAGUAUGUGUUGUGCUCUGCUCUGUUGGGAUGGAUAGUUGCAGGAUGACGGCUCUCGAGUUGUGUGAGACGGACGACCUCGCCACCAGGCCUGGUCCUUGACCCUUACCUGGGAUUCAGCACUCACAAGAUGAACCUCAGUCCUCUUCCUCUGAUCCGACGGCACCAGUACCUGCGGGAGUCUCUGCUCCGGUUCCAGCGCUCCGGGGAUUUGAGUCUGCGUACCGGGCCCUGACCAUGGGGGAGUGGGCCUGGCAGUACUUCCAGAACCGGCCCGCCCACCGAGAGAGCCUGCUGAAAGAACACAUCCUGCUGUACCUGAGCGCCUUCCUGCCCCAGAGCGGCUUCCUCAUCCAGCCGUGCAGGCGCUACUCCUCAGAGACCAACGGAGCAAAGAUCAUCUCAACCAAGCACUG